CCGCCCAGGAGAUGGAACGGAUGGAAGUGGACCAUUGCGCAGGCGCAGCUGGCGGGACUUUACGCAGGUCCAAUAGCGCCCCCAUGAUUACGAGUGUCGGCGAGCGCAUAGCCGCCUCCAGCCAGGUCUCCUUCCGAUACAGACGAGUGUCCGUCAACUGCAGCUCUCAGGAGGACAACAUGGACGCAGCAUUGGGAGGAACCCUGCAGAGAACACAAGUCAGUGACGGGGCGCUUCCUGUCAGCAGCCCGUGGCACGAGCACUCUCGUGAGUGGGUUCGCUCGCACGACAGCGACGUCACGCCAAACUCCUCGCCCAGACCCAGCCGGAGGUUCAGACCUGCGGGCAGAGCCUGUGUCCGAUGGCCCUCCUUGACGCCGCUCAAGAGGAAAGGAGGGGCGGAGUCAGACAGUCCGCCCAAAAAGCUUUUUGUCACCGGCGUUCUGGACCCCGCCGCCCACACGGCCAGCGCCUCGCUUGCAGACUCCGCCCCCAGCCCUCAGUCGUCUCCGCUCGCCUCCCACCUGCACCCGGCGCAUUAAUAACCCAUUCCUAAAGGCAGUGGGCGGAGCCAGAAGUGCCUUAGAGCGACAUCCAGCACGUCAUUAGCCAGCAAGGAGCAAC